AUGACCGCGUAUAGCCCCCCGUCGGCCGGGCCCCUUUCCCAAGACCAGGGGCACCGACCGGCUAUGGAGUCCCGCGGUCGGAGUCGUUCGCCCGGCGGUUUCCGUGGUCGCAGUCGCUCACCUGGUGGUCUCCGUCACCGUGACCGCUCUCCUGGCGGCUUCCGUGGCCGUAGCCGCUCGCCCGGCGGCUUCCGUGGCCGUAGCCGCUCGCCGGGUGGCUUCCGUGGCCGUAGCCGCUCGCCUGGCGGCUUCCGUGGUCGCAGUCGCUCUCCCGGCGGCUUCCGUGGCCGUAGCCGCUCUCCCGGCGGCUUCCGUGGCCGUAGCCGCUCGCCCGGUGGUUUCCGUGGCCGCAGUCGCUCGCCCGGCGGCUUCCGCGAUCGCCCUCAGGGACAUCCCCAUCGUCAGAUGCAACAUCAGCACCGGCCUCGCGACUGGUCGCCUCCGCGUCGUCCAGAUGCCCGUGGCCCGGACCGCCGGCCGGGCGACUGGCGCGACGUCCCAACCGCCCACCAACGCGAAGACCAACGCGGCGACCAUCGCGGCGACCAUCGCGGCGACCAUCGCGGUGGCUACCGCGAUCGCCGUGGCGGCCCUGGCGGGGACAACGGCCCGCGUCCCGACUCGACCUUCUUCCUGGACCUCUCCCUGCUGCCGGAUUGUAGUCGCCUUUCACGCCGUGAGCGCCAGUCUGUCGACAUUUGGGAGCGAAGCCCCUCCCCCCCGCCAUACAAGACCCUGGUCCCCGACCCGCCGGCCGCGACCGACUCCACCACCAGCACCAAGCUUGCCUCGGCUCGGGGUGACCGCUCGGAUGACAGUGCUUCGGAUGACUCGCGCUCCCGGUCGCGCUCCCGGUCGCGCUCGCGGAGUCGACGCUCCCGGCGCCGACGGUCCUCCCGGGACCGGAGCUCGCGGUCCUCGGGACGGCGCUCGCGGCGGCGCUCGCGGCGUGACGACUCGGCCUCGCCGGAGCGUGAUGACCGCCGGCGCCGGCGCCGGCGUCGUCGCCGCAGUGUGUCCUCCUCCUCAUGCUCCUCCUCGGAUUCGGACCGCUCGGUCUCCCCGGCCGGGUCUCGCACCACGGCCGACGGCAAGAUCCUCCUCCCGACAGGCGACAUGGGUGCCGUGUUCGAGGAGCGCAUUGUCGACCCUCCUGCCGCCGGGGCCGCCCAUGACUCGGACUCGGAUGAUGGCGCCUUCGGGCCGAGCCUUCCCAGCGACCAGGCGGCCGGGCUGGCGGACAAACAGCGCGGCGCCUCCAACCGGGAGUAUGGUGGUGCUCUGAUGCCGGGCGAGGGCUCGGCCAUCGCGGCCUACGUCAAGGAGGGCAAGCGCAUCCCCCGACGCGGUGAGAUCGGCCUCUCGUCGGAGCAGAUCCAGCAGUACGAGGAUGUGGGCUUUGUCAUGAGUGGCAGCCGGCACCGGCGCAUGAACGCCAUCCGCAUGCGCAAGGAGAACCAGGUGGUUAGUGCCGAGGAGACGCGCGCCAUGCUGAUCGAGAUGAAGCGCGAGCGCGAGGAGUAUGAGCGCACGGUCAGCGCGCAGUUCCGUGAGAUGAUCGACAAGCGCAAGCAGGAGGGCCUCUCCCAGCUGGAUGCCUCGUCGCGGCGCUAG